CUCUCUGACAAAGUGGACCGGGUGGUCGAGUGUCAGCUGCAGACGCACAAUGACAAGAUGGUGACCUUCAAGUUCGACCUGGACGGAGAUAACCCUGAAGACAUCGCGGCGGUCAUGGUGCACAAUGAGUACAUCCUGCCAUCAGAGAAGGAGGGCUUCAUCCACCGCAUGGGCGACAUCAUCAAACGGGCAAAGGCUCUGAUGAACAAAGACCAGCCGGUCCACGCCAGCGGGCCCCGACUGCCCCAGCCUGCCUUCCACAGCGGGGUAAACUCGCUGUCUUCCUCACAGCCUAAUCUGCACAGUCAGCCGUUGCCUCGAACACACUCGUCCUCCUCUCUGCCCGACUUCAGUGUGGCUAACCCGAGUGCAGGGGUGCGUGGCUCUCCCCCGUGCCCCAAUGGAGACGUCUUCAGUGCAGACGUGACUUCAUCUGGGCGACCACUAACACGCUCGCAGUCUUUCCACAACGCCCCAGGUUCUCCGCUUCACUACCAGAACCAUCCCAACCCUGCGUCUCUCCUGCCCCACCACCAGCACUACCACUUUCCUUUCAUGGGCCACACGCACUUCCCAUUUCCGUACCCUGGCUCUCCGGGUUCCCCCAAGCCGGCAGCGCUUCAUCCUCCCCUCACACGUGUAGCCAGCAACCCCACCUUCUCUUCUAUUCCAUCACCCGCCUCCGGGUCCCCUAGUCCUCAGCGAGAGACCCCGAGCCCUGGCAGCAAUGAGAGCAUCAACAUGUCCCCACCUACCCCUCAACAUCACAACAUGUGGCCCCCCCACACACAGCCCCUGUUUUCUUUGGCUAAUGUCAUCUCCAUGGCCAUGAGCAUGGCUCAGUCUUUCAUCCCUCCUGCGAGCCUGCCCGCCCAGGGGAUCCCCUCCUUUCCAGGAUAUCACCCCCAGCUUCCCACUCACAUGACCCCACAGUCAGGUUACCCCUCUGUCUACCAACAACAGUACCAAACUCCGGUAGAGGCUCAGUACCCCCCAGAACAGAGCCAUGUCUACCACAGCCCCGAGAAAACACAAAUGGAUGGAGCUGCUUUUUUUAAUCAGAACAUUCAUCCAGGCUGGUUGCAUUCUGUCUCUCCACCUUCCAUGGCGUCCACUCCUCCGCCGACUCCUCAGGAGCUUCUGCAACAGGUUGGACUCUCCAGUCCCCCCAGUCUGACCCAGGAGGACAGUCUCCACAGUUAUGUGACCCAAUACCCAGCACAGGGUCCAGCUCAGGCUAAACCCAAACCACAACUCUCCAGCUCGGACUCCUCGUCCUCCUCCCCAUCGCCCCCAGAGAGCCCUGAAAGCACUUUAACGUCCUUCAGCACCCAGCUGCACCCUCCUGUACCUGAGAUGAGUGUCAACAUCCCAAAACCAAAGGUCUCUUCCACUGAAUCUGAAGUCCAGUCCACACCAGUGACUGUUGGACGAUUCCAGGUGACGCCCAGCAUUGACAUCCCUGCAGCUGCUGUGUCUGUACCUGCUGCGCUACAGCCUGAGGUCAGCAGCAGCACCACAUCAGAGAGCAGCACAGAGGAACAGGGGGAGUCUGAGACCAGCCUGGGCACCUCCCUCACCAUGUCGCCUCCUCACCCACAUCCUCAGAGAGGGUCGUCGGUUGUCCUCCAGGAGGUCGACAGACAGCCGCCGUGGGCCGGGAGCCAGGAACAGCAGCUGGAGCCGCUGACACAGGACAGAGAAGAGGAGGACGAGGAGGAAGAGGUGGUUGUUGGGGAACGGCAGAGGACAAAGAAGAGGAGUCGGAGGAGAGCGUACAGCCUCAGCCUGUUGGGGACGUCUGUGGACAGCGGCCUCUCAGUGACGGCUGCUGAGAUGGAGGGGAGGUCGUGGGACGGUGCGGCGGGCAGCCCGCAGUACACUAAUGCCCUUCACCAUUUAUGGAUGAUGACUUACAGCCGCAACGCCCCCUACCAGAGCAGCGAUGACUCGGACAGUGAUGAUGAGGAAAUGGUGGAGGAGCUUCAGGAACUCAGACAGAAACAUCUGACCGAGGUGCAGGACCUGCAGGCUGCCCAGAAGAAAGAGAUCGAGGAGCUGUAUGAGCGGAUGGGUAAGGUUCCACCUCCAGGCAUCGUCUCUCCUGCUGCUAUGCUGUCCAGUCGACAGCGGCGCCUGUCGAAGGGGAACGGUUUCCCCUCAUCACGCAGGAACAGCCUGCAGCGCUUGGACAUAUUGCAACUCCAAGGUAUCAUUAGGAGAAACUCUCUUGGAGGCAGCAGUAGUGGCUCCCAAGAUAAACCCAGCAAAGGGGUCACCUUUGCCACUGACAUUAGUAGAAUGUAAGAAAUGCUCAGCUAAGCAUGCUGUAUAUCUGGACUACCUCAUCUGUGACUAAAAGUGCUCACACUUGUCCUGAAGGAGGAUCACGUGAACACUUUUCACACACCGGCACGCCGAUCAACGAGAACCUGCUUCCCUCCGCCAGUGGUCAUUUACCUCAAAUGUACAGAAACUGUCACCAGUAGCACAGAAUCUCCACCGAUCUGAUCCCGUUCAGGCUUCAUUUGUCCUCUCCUUGUAAAUAAACCGUCAGAGCCAACGGGUCAGGAGUCACCAGCUUCAGUACAAACCUCCGCAGUAAAUGUCCCAUCCCACUUUGUUUUAAAGGAGACAUAUGAUGCUGUUACUGUGUUUGUGUGUUAUAUAGUUUUGUGUGAAUGUAAAAGUUUGGAACAUUAGAGCAUACAGACAUUUUCAAAUAAUAACCCAAAUUAAAAUGACAACCCUGAAUAUGAGCCCAAUAUGUCUCCUUUAAAUAUUUUCUCUGAUCAAGCUUUUCAGUCAAGUGCAGCAGAUUUGUGGCGACACAAUGACCCUGACCCAGAAUCACUGAAAGUUCUCACUGCGCUUCAUCGACCUGAGGAGUGACCACAGAGAACCACAGAGAAACUCUGACUCUUACCUUCGUACACAGAUGACAAUAUUUUUAAAUAAUCUCAUAUCUGGUGUGGUUAGUUAUUGAUGUCUCAGCGCAGUAAAUAUAUUUGUCAUGUAGUGGAGCUGACUCCUGCCUUCCAGGGGCUGUAACAAUAACAGUCACGAUGCAUUGAACAAUUUGAUUUAUUCAAAUGUUUUUUUUGUUGUAGUACGACUUCUUUAGUGGUUUUGACACCUGAUAAGAGCAACUGCAUUCUCCUUGACUGCAGUUCGGACAUUUUCUGAUGGAGUGAAGGUGAUUUUUCACUUCGUAUAGCAGUAUAUGUAAAUACCAUGAAGACGUUAAUGCUUCAUGAAGAAAACUUGUUCAAUAGUUAUGAAUGUUGGCAUAAAGCUUCCUUCAAAAGAAAAAAUCAGCUUUUUUUAAGGUGCAGAAGCAAAAGGAACAUCGCAUCAACUUUUAAACAGUAUGGAAAGUGUUUCCUCAUUGAUUUUAGGUUUUAGACUACUGGCUUGUACAUGUGUAUGUAGUAGAGUGCAUUUAUAUUUCAUGUUUACACUUUUAGAGUAAACUAAAUGUUUCCGCAACCUUAAUUCUUGCUCAAGCAAAGAGAAAAAUAUUUGCUGCUUGUUUCAUGAUUCAAGCACCUUGUGCACUUUAGUAAAUUCUAUUUUAAUUCUCAGUCGGACGAGGAAGAGCUGAUGUGUUUUCCUUUUAUUUUUUUCAUGGGGUCGAGGAUAUUCUCCAGUUUAUGUCCGGUCACAGUGAAGAUGAUCUGCCCUCCUGCAGUUUGAGAUACUUGUGCAUUUUGUGGGACAUGGAGAAAUCAGUCCAAGCUGUGAAUCAGUAGCUGUUGCCUUAAUGAGAAAAUCCACGAAACACACUGAAUUUUCUCCUGUAAGAUUCAUAAUAUAUACAAGACAUUUCAGAAUUUUGAUUGUAAAUAUAUAAUUGUAUUGCUUUUUCCAGAAGCUGCUGUCCUGCCAUGCUGAAUCUGUGCCUUUCCCUUACAAUGUCUUACUUUAUAUUUGUAUUCUCGAGAUUUGGUGGCUAGAUCAGACAGUGUAUCGAACUUUGACAAAUAAUAAAUGCAAAUGUAAAUACCACUUCUCUUAUGUCAUCUUUACUGCAAAUAGUUAGAGAUAUAAAAACUCAAAUACAAUAGAUUUUUAAUCAAGAAAUCGCUCUGUUUGACAUAAAUAAUACAAUUCAACAAGUUGAUCCAUGUGUCGUUUCAGCAGUGUCAUUCUUAGCUGUUAAAGCCACUGUAAAGUUAACAUUUGCUGACUGGUAUAUAGUAUUUAACCCUCAAACUGUACCCACAUCACAUGAUCACCAGGGCUGGAAACCUGGCAGGUAGCGGUUUUAAUUUAUCCUCAAUCUGGGCCUUUUGUCUAGCACGUAAGGGGUCUUGCUAAGGUCUGGUUAUUUAGUCCUUUCCACUGACAUCGCAUCCAGUUUUAAGUCAGCAGCAGAACUUCACAAUCAACAUAAAGUCCACUACAGUGUUGUUUCAUCAUGGAGAAAGAAAAAAAAAACAGCAGCCAGUCGUGG